UCACGCGGCCUGCAGAAAGGAGCCUUGUUGUGCUACUUUGCUUUAGAACAUUAAAGCUUCCUUCCUGGUCUCCUUUAUAUAAUUGAUUUAAGAAAGUUUCAAAGGUAAAUUCAUUCAUUCUUCUCGGAUCACUUUCUUUAACCUAUCCAAUCAUGCCUAAUCGGUGAUCACCACAAGAACGAAUGGAAAGAAGCAUUUUGAUUUUUUUUUCUCCAACACGGCCAAUUUCUCUGAAUUAAGGGGGGGCAACCUCCCCUCCUCGUGCCCGGCCCAGCAGGCACCACGGAUUGUUGACAAAGACGCGGAGAGACUGAAAAGAAAACGAGCCCUUGGUUAUUAGCCACAAGCCAAUGGAGGACUACUCUUAAAGUCCGUUAACGGAGAACGGGACAGGAGCGCAAGCGUCUAGAUAACUACCCGUGUGGCCGGCUUGAGGCGAUCGUUCAUCGUUAACUGGUGGUCGGACCGCAGACCCCGGUGCGCGAAGAAGAGGAAACCUCCGCCUCCCUGGCAAAUCAUAGCCAUCUUUACCUUUCCACACCGGCAGAAUGAUUACUGCGGGCCGGGAUCGGUUGGUGUCGGUUUGAUUAAUAACGUGACUCAAGGGGUAUUUCAGAUCUAAAAGAUCCAAGAGGACGGGACCAAGGCGAGGUCUGGCCGGGCAUGGUGUGAUUUGAGCCGGCAGCCAGUCUGGAUCUGACCGGUGACCACCCGUCCUUUCCCCGGAGCCUGCGUGGCCCAAAGCCGCGUCCAGAGCCCUCCAAGAUGGGGAAGUGUGACGGAAGAUGCACGCUGGUGGCGAUAUGUUCACUGCAGCUGAUUGCUGCGCUCCAGAGACAGGUGUUUGACUUCCUUGGAUACCAGUGGGCUCCUAUCUUGGCCAACUUCCUCCACAUCAUGGCCGUCAUAAUGGGGAUUUUUGGAACAGUGCAGUUCAGAUCCCGCUACCUUAUACUGUAUGCGGUGUGGUUGGUGCUGUGGGUGGGUUGGAACUCCUUCAUCAUCUGUUUCUACCUAGAGGUGGGACACUUGUCUCAGGACAGGGACUUCUUAAUGACAUUCAACACGUCACUACACCGUUCCUGGUGGAUGGAGCAUGGCCCUGGUUGCUUGGUAACGCCGGUGUUGGACUCCAGCAUUGCCCCUGACGACCACCAUGUCAUCACUGUCUCAGGCUGUCUCCUUGACUACCAGUACAUUGAGGUGCUGAGCUCUGCGCUACAGGUCCUACUGGCUCUCUUUGGCUUUGUGUUUGCCUGCUAUGUGAGCAAAGUCUUCCAGGAUGAUGAGGAUAGCUUUGAUUUCAUUGGCGGCUUUGACUCCUAUGGUUACCAGCCUCCUCAGAAGACCUCCCACCUCCAACUGCAGCCCCUCUACACGGCUGGGUAGGGGGAGGUGGUACUCCCAUCAGACCACACUUCAGAAUUGAAGCUGAGUCGUCAUGGGAAUAGAACACUCACUCUGCGUGUCACUGUACAACUGAAAGAUAGAUGUUUAGGUGGGCGGGCGGGUGGGUGGGUAUGGUAACCAGAGAGUCAACUGACUUACUGGUACCCCUUGAGGUUACUGUACAGUGCUCAGGGAGGGACCAUCUGGGGGAGAUGGGGCACUAGGGAUGGGCACUUCCUAAUGGACACUGAGGAUAUUGAGAGGACACUGCACCUACUGGCUCUCCACACUCCUGGGACUGUGCGUGCGUGUGCGUGUGUGCGUGCGCGUGUACGUGCGUGCAAGUGUGUGUGGUUCUACAGGACUAGUUGGUUGAACUAUUGUUGGAGGGGUCUCAAAUUCACAUGGGGCUGUCUCUUCAUGUUGUCGUUUUAGAAUGUGAUGAUGUCAUGAUAGAACAGUUGUAAUCCCAAUGCCAAGCUUGUCACUAGUUUUGUUGUGACUGUGUGACCCUGUGGACACACAGCCAUGGCCAGAAGGGGUUAAAUCACUAUUGUGUGUACACUGGGUUAAAUCUCCUGCUAGGGACGGGUUAGGGACUGGGCUUUAGAUGUGGGGACUGCAUGUAAAUAUCCGACUGAUGAUUGGUUGUAGUUGUAUGGGGGGAGUGUCAUGUAGCCACACCCCUUUGUGUCUCUUUUCACCAUUUUGACAACCCAGAAUCUUCCCAAUUACUUUAGAAGUGUGCUACCGCCCCUUUUUUUUAAAAUUCCUUUUCACACUUCCUCUUUCCUUCCCUAAAUAAAUCACUGGCCCAACCUUAUAUUGAUGAAGGAAAUAUAUGAAGGGCAUGAUUUUUUUUUUACCAACAUCGGUAGUUUUAAUAGGUUGGGGGACAUUUACAGGAAGAAAAAAGAAGUGUUAGGAAGAAAGGCAGUAUUUCUUUUGUGGUAUGCUUAGACAUAACCUAAUGUAGCAGGCAUACAAAAUAAUUGUACAUCCACUUAAGGGUGAAAAUGGAAGCUUGGGUAAAGAGGAUAUUUAAGUUUUCUGGGGAUUCUGUAGUGGGUGACUUGGGAAGAUGUAAAGGUAACUGAGACAUUGGGGUGUGUGUGCGCGUGCGUGUGUGUGUGGUGGGGGCAGGCGGUAAAAAAUAAAAGUGUUUCUAAUUUCAAAAAGACUGAUUUCUGCACUCAACAACCACCU